AUGAGGUUAAAAGGUAUCCACACGACCCGGCUCCUGCACUUCUGCCUCUUCCUGGCUAUCUACCUGGCUGCCCUGCUGGGCAAUGGCCUCAUCAUCAGCACCAUAGCCUGGGACCACCACCUCCACACCCCCAUGUACUUCUUCCUCCUCAACCUCGCUCUCCUUGACCUGGGUGCCAUCUCCACCACUGUCCCCAAGUUCAUGGACGAUUCCCUUAGGCACACCAGGGACAUCUCUUAUGCAGGAUGUGUUACUCAGGUAUUUAUCUUUCUCUUUUUCAUGUCAGCAGAGUAUUUUCUCCUCACCACCAUGUCCUACGAUUGCUAUGUUGCCAUCUGCAGACCCCUGCACUAUGAGACCCUCCUGGGCAACAGAGUUUGUCUCCACCUGGCAGCAGCUGCCUGGGCCUCUGGGGCACUCAAUGCUCUGCUGCACACAGCCAAUACAUUUUCCCUGCCCUUCUGCCAGGGCAAUGCUGUGGAGCAGUUCUUCUGUGAAAUCCCCCAGAUCCUCAAGCUCUCCUGCUCCACAUCCUACCUCAGGGAACUUUGGCUUCUUGUGGUGGGUUCCUCUUUAUUCUUUGUCUGUUUCGUGUUGAUAGUGGUGUCCUAUGUGCAGAUCUUCAGGGCAGUGCUGAGGAUCCCCUCUCAGCAGGGACGCCACAAAGCCUUUGCCACCUGCCUCCCUCACCUGGCUGUGGUCUCCCUGUUUAUCACCACUGGCUCCAUUGCCUACCUGAAGCCCUCCUCCAUCUCUUCCCCAUCCCUGAACUUGGUAGUGUCAGUUCUGUACUCAGUGGUGCCUCCAGCAGUGAACCCUCUCAUCUACAGCCUAAGGAACCAGGAGCUCAAGGCUGCCCUGAGCCCUUGCCGAUCGGAAGCCUCCGAGCCUGCCUACCGGCAACCAUUGCCCUGCCCUACCAUGCUGACUCUGAGGGCCGACCCCGUCCUGGGACCAGCCCUACCAGCCCCACUGGCCGAUUCCACCAGGACCACUGCCUAUCGUCUGGAGGGAACUUGCCAAGUCCUGUGA